AUAAUCUCGUUUCUUAACGAGAAGUUCUUACCGAUCUAGAUAACUUCAGAGAUGCUAGAUUUUCAAUGACGUCGUGACAUUGUAAGGGCAAGGGAAGUUCGCGCAUAUACGAUAAUAUGUUAGAAGGUCAAGAAAUGGCUGGCGAGAGAGGGGAAGAGGAAGUAAAUCCACUAGGAAAAAGUUAACCUUCCUCAUUAACCUUCCUUCGUAUCGGAAUACGUUUGCAGCUUUACGAAGGUGAAAGAAAUGAAAAGGGCGAUAGGCAUGGUAAUGGAAAAGCUUUGCUUCCAAACGGCGAUAUGUACGUCGGACGAUAUUGCAAGGGAUUGAGACACGGUGCAGGACUUUACGUAUUUAAAAACGGUGCUCGUUACGACGGCGAAUGGAGGCAAGGCGUUAAGUACGGUCAAGGGACCUUUUGGUACCCUGAUGGAACGCGAUACGAGGGUGAGUGGAAGCGUGACAUGAAAUAUGGUUUUGGCGUAUAUUAUUACGUAAAUGGCGACGUUUACGAAGGUUCGUGGAAGAAAAAUUUUCGACACGGCAUGGGAUCUUAUCUUUACGCCGAUACGAACACGAAAUUUAUGGGCACGUGGAUCAAAGAUCGUAUGCAAGGGCCUGGCCAAUUAAUUCACCCCCGACAUCGAUUCCACGGAUUUUGGGAACUGAAUUUGCCUUACGGACGUGGCUGCUUCACUUUUGAGAACGCUUGCAUGCAACAUGGACACUACGUGCACGUGAAAGAUCCUGAUUACGACGAGACAAAGGAAGAACCUGUCGAGCAAGGACAAGCAACCGAAACUGCCACGUUAGAAGCUGAAGCUGGCGAAGAAAAUAAAAAAUUAGAAGAUACCGAGGCUGCAAAACUGGAAGAGGCUAAACCUGUGCCGUUCGAACCACUUGCUUUAAAGAAAGGCGUUAUCGCAUUAUGGCGAGCCCGUUGCAUUACGCCGUAUAAUGCUGAUUUAUUGCCACCUGAGCCGGUACCUCUACAGGAAGAGGUAUCCGUGGACUCUCUGUUAGAUAGGUGUUCGGAAGAUUUAAUGAUGGCACCGGAACGAUACUUAAAGUACGAAGACGAAUACGAAGGUGAAGGCGGCCGUUAUUACGAAGACGCUGAUUAUCCUGGAUCGUUCGUUGAAGCAAUUUAAUUUUAAAAAAUCAACGUUAAAUGUGAAAUAAUUUAAUAAUUUUGCGCCAUUUGUCAAAGAAUCAAGCUUUUCCAUGAUCUAAUUUCAAAAUUAUUUUCUUACCGAAGGUGAUAGGUUUGUGCACAAGGAGGAGGGUUAUAAAAAUUCGCUAGAAUAUUUCUCAGAAUAACAAAUAAAAGUAUAAAAAGAUAAUUAUAAUACAAUAUAAACAUGUACAUGUUCGAUAACAAUUUUACAUGUGGUUAGGCAAAAACGCAACGUGUUUUUAAGCACUUUAUUUAGGAAAUUAUAAUAAUAAAUGUGCGUAUGUGCCCAUAA